AUGCAUGUGCCGCCAAUAAUCCACCCUUACUUUUUUGAACUCUGUAAUAUUGAUCUGUGCCUCAGCAAAUCAAAGCGCAUAAAGCUGUUGGGAGCUGUCAAACCUUUGGGCAAUGGAGAUCCUCACAAGGCGGUAUCAUCCAAGAUAGUAUGGCACCUGAACUGGCUUGGUAACGUUGAUGACAAUGUCAACACACUGUACAUCAAGGAGAUAGUUAACCUGGUAUGGGAAAAUGAGAAGGCAUGCCAUGAGAAUCCUAAUGCCAAGCAUGAGAUUGCUGAUGAAGACUACGACCAUGCUAUCAUCACUGAGUGCAUGAAGACGUACUUUCGAAACAUUCACAAGCAAGCAAGUGAACAGUGUUCACAUCGUCAAGCAGUCACAAAAUCACGCCGUCAAGCUGCAUCAGCCUAUGAGACUCAAUCAGGGAACAAAGGGGCUGUUGUCAUGAUAGAUACUGACUUUGCCUCCAAUAUCCUUUCCUAUGAUUCCGAGGAGGACCUUUCAGCAGACACGCUAUCCAGGUGGGAGAGAGCGAAGCUUGUGAAGUUGGUGUUUUAUGUUGAAGGUUCAAAAUGGUGUUCUGUUGAUUAUGUGGCCUUCCUGUGCUGGUUGUCUUUGUGCAAUAUGCAGAAGAACAAGGAGCACAAUGAGCCUGAUAUGGAUGCAGCAGAUGACACUGCUCGACCACCGGCUACCAAGCGUCGCAGAACAAACAACACACAGAAGCACUGCAAGAAGGUCUUUGACCUAGCGCUAGCAAAGAUGAACGACAACAAGCCAAAGUCGCACAAGAAAAAUGUACCCUUCAAAUCUAUGGUAUCUGCAGUCUGGGCUUGUGACCACACUGACGAUAAAUUCCUUGAUGGUACUGAAUGGCUGACGGGCUUUUAUGAGAAAACAGCCCAGGGUGCAUUGAUAAAGGAGGAUGAGGAAUACUUGCAAGAACUUCAGAGGUGGCACGAGAAAGAGAUGGAUGGAGAGAUGGAUGCUGAUGAGAUGGCAGUUUGA